AUGGAUAUUGCGUUUGGGCUCCAUCACUGUCUGGACGGGAAGAUACACCGCAUGCUCCGCGAGGGCCAGGCACAAGACGCUUUCCCGGUACGGCUCAAAGGCCACUAG